UCCAAGGGUCAUUUCCCCUUCAUCUCUCUCCUCCUCUCCUUGCCUAGCUAGAGGGAGAGGAAGAGAGAGAUCGGCCACAACUCAUCCGUUCCAUCCAUAGAUCGUAGCCAGGUGCACAUUCCCGGCCGGAAGCUAGCACGCACUCUUUCCUGCCCAACGACGUACCUCGUGACGCCGCGCAAGCGGUCAUGGGCAACUGCUGUGUUGCCCGGCCAUCUUUCAAGCGGCGUGGCGGUGGCUCUCCCAGGCAACGCGGCGGACGCCUAGGAGGCGCCAACCUCCGGUGCCUCUCCACGGUGUCCUCAGUCACUGACACGCCGCGUGCCACGGCCCAGCCGCCUGUAACCGUGCUUGGCAAGGGCCUGGCCGCGGCCGACAACACCGAGGAGCUCCUCCGGCGGUACCAGCUUGGCGAGGAGCUGGGGCGCGGCGAGUUUGGGGUGACGCGACGGUGCAUGGACGCGGCAAGGGGAGAGAAGCUCGCGUGCAAGUCGAUCAGCAAGCGGAAGCUCCGGAGCAGCGUCGACAUCGAGGACGUGCGGCGCGAGGUAGCCAUCAUGCGGUCGCUGCCCUCGCAUGUAAACGUCGUGCGGCUCCGUGAGGCGUUCGAGGACGGCGACUCCGUGCACCUGGUCAUGGAGGUGUGCGAGGGGGGCGAGCUCUUCGACCGCAUCGUCGUGCGCGGUCACUACACCGAGCGUGCUGCCGCCGCUGUCAUGCGCACUAUCAUGGAGGUCGUGCAGCAUUGCCACCAGAACGGUGUUAUGCACCGGGACCUUAAGCCUGAGAAUUUCUUGUACGCCAAUGCAUCUGAGAGCUCCCCUCUCAAGGUUAUCGACUUCGGACUCUCCGUGUGCUUCAAGCCAGGUGAAAGAUUCAGUGAGAUCGUCGGAUCUCCCUAUUACAUGGCGCCUGAAGUCCUGAAGAGAAACUAUGGACAGGAAAUCGACAUCUGGAGUGCAGGCGUCAUAUUGUAUAUCUUGCUAUGUGGUGUCCCUCCAUUCUGGGCCAAAACGGACGAAGGGAUUGCGCAGGCCAUCAUCCGAUCACGCGUCGACUUCGAGCGCGAGCCUUGGCCGAAGGUGUCAGACAACGCCAAGGAGCUUGUUAGCAGGAUGCUUGAAAACAACCCUUAUGCCAGAUUGACGGCUCAACAAGUUUUAGAGCAUCCAUGGAUACAGAAUUCCACCGCUGCUCCAAACAUUCCUCUUGGUGAAGCAGUAAGGUCAAGGCUAAAGCAAUUCACUGUCAUGAACAAGUUCAAGAAGAAGGCCUUGCUUGUGGUGGCGGAAUACUUGCCUGCUGAAGAGCUGGAGGCAAUCACGGAACUGUUCCACAUGCUGGACACUAACAAGGAUGGGCACCUGACAAUUGAGGAGCUCAGGAAAGGUCUACAAAUGAUAGGGAACAAUGUCCAUGAUACAGAUGUGGAUAUGCUCAUGGAAGCUGCAGACUUAGAUGGAAAUGGCACCUUGGACUGCAAGGAGUUUGUCACGGUCUCCAUUCACCUGAAGAAAAUCCGCAGCGAGGAACACCUCCCCAAGGUGUUCAACUACUUCGACAAGAACAUGAGCGGGUUCAUCGAGAUGGAAGAGCUCAAGGAAGCGCUAUCCCCAAGAGGCGACCAGAAGGCCAUCGAGGACAUCAUCUUCGACGUUGACAUUGACAAGGAUGGCAAGAUAAGCUAUGAGGAGUUUGAGUUAAUGAUGAAAGCUGGAGUGGACUGGAGGAAUGCAUCACGACAGUACUCAAGAGCAAUUUUCAAUACCCUCAGCCGCAAGAUGUUCAAGGACGUGUCUCUAAAGCUUGAUCCCAGCAGCCUGCUAGGUGGUGCUGGGAAAGAACAAUAGGACAUUAGCUGAGAAAAGUGUGACUCCACUUGCAUGCUCAUUUGUAACACGCACACACAGACACACAUACACUCACUCACUCACACACACACACGGAGAGAGAGAUGGAGAGAAAGUGUGUGUGUAAUAAGUGUAUCUCUUUUCCUUGAUCAUGUAGAGGUCACCGCAUUUUUUGAUGCAAAGCGAUCAUGGAGGUCAUUAACCCUAAUUAUCUCAAAUGCGGGUGUCAAACAACUAUCAGAAAUACUUGUAUUGUACUUGCCUCCA